CGCGGCGGAAAGGAUGGCAGUCGGGGAGGUGGCGCAAGCAGCUCGGAGCAGGACCUUACCAAGGGCUCCGACCCCAAGUCUCUAAGGCGCCUGGUGCAGAACAGAGAGGCCGCCAGGAAGAGCCGACUGCGCAAAAAGGCGUACGUGCAACAGCUGGAGACGAGUCGUAACAGAAUGCAGCAGCUGGAGCAGGAGCUCGCUCGCGUGCGCAACCAGGUGGCGGUGCAGGGCAGCAGUGCGGACCAGUCUCUGUCGCUCUCAGCAGCGGGGCAAGGGGGAGCUGGAGCAGUGGCGGUCAACCCUAAUGUCAACCCAGGGGCGGCGGCGUUUGACAUGGAGUAUGCGCGGUGGGUGGAGGAGCAGCACCGCAUGAUGUGUGAGCUCAGAUCCGCUCUGCAGUCCCGCCUCGGCGACCAGGAACUACGCGUCCUCGUGGAGGCAAUAAUGGCGCACUACGACGAGCUGUUCCGGGUGAAGGCGGUGGCGGCGAAGGCGGACGUGUUUCAUCUCAUCAGCGGCAUGUGGAAGACGCCUGCAGAGCGCUGCUUCCUCUGGAUGGGAGGCUUCAGACCCUCCGAACUCCUCAAGGUGCUGAUCCCGCAGAUAGAGCCAUUGACAGAGCAGCAGCUGAUGGGCAUCUGCAACCUGCAGCAGUCGUCGCAGCAGGCAGAGGACGCGCUCUCCCAGGGCAUGGAGGCGCUGCAGCAGUCCCUCGCUGACACGCUCAGCGCGGGGUCGCUAGGGGCGGCCAGCAACGUGGCGAACUACAUGGGGCAGAUGGCCAUGGCUAUGGGAAAACUCAGCACGCUCGAGUCGUUUGUCAAGCAGGCGGACAGCUUGCGGCAGCAGACGCUGCAGCAGAUGCACAGGAUACUGACCACACGGCAGGCAGCCAGGGGCCUCCUAGCUAUGGGCGACUACUUUGCCCGCCUGCGCGCCCUCAGCUCCCUCUGGGCCGCCCGUCCCCGCGACCAGUGA